CCUCGAAGUGACUUUGUCAGCUUUGUUUUUGGGUUUUCGACUUGUUUCGUCGUGUCGGCGGCGACAAUGCCCAAACGCAAGUGCAAAUUCACGGAACAGCUGGGAAAAGAGUACCCCUUCAUCAAGAAAACUAAGUCAGAGGCGGAUGUGCGCUGUGAUGCAUGUGGGGCAGACUUUUCAGUCGCUCACGGUGGACGUUCGGAUGUAGUAAAACACAUCAGCUCUGUCAAGCACAAGCAGUGUGUGUCGGCGGCUGCUAGUUCCAGUGCAGUAACCUGGUUCUUCAGACAGGAACGUGCCGGGGAAAAGGAGCUCCAACUUGCUGCAUCAGAGGGUGUAUUCGCCUUCCACACAAUCGCUCACAACCAUAGUUUCCGAUCAAUGGACUGCACUUCAAAGCUUGUGCAGAAAUUGUUCAAUGAAAAAUUUUCCUGCGCUCGCGCAAAGGCAGAAGCGAUUGCUUUGAACGUGCUUGCCCCGUUUGCAGAGGAAGAAUUGAAGACAGACCUGCAGGAGGCUAAAUUUAUCUCAGUGUUCUGUGAUGCUUCCAACCACAAGGAUUUGAAGGUGCUCCCGAUAAUGGUGCGCUAUUUCACCGCUGCUGCAGGAGUGCAGACGAAGCUCCUUGAGAUUAACACCUUGCCAGGUGAGACUUCGGCAAUGGUGAGCCAGUACAUAAUAGAUGCACUCGAAGCCAACCAAGUCACAUGAAAGCUGGUUGCUUUCAGUGCCGACAACGCAAAUUGCAACUCUGGUGGUGCUGCGCGAAAUGGGAAGAACAAUGUGUUCUCGAGAUUGCAAGAUUCUAUGGAUCACAAGAUCCUCGGAAUUG